CUCACCCACCUGGCAUUACUCACUCACCCCGACCACAUUGACGGCCGCUGUGAGAAGCUCCAGAUCCAAAACAAAACUCCAGCUGCAAGUUACUCUUCUCUUAAAGGAAACUCUACAAAGAACCCACAAUGCGUGAAUGCAUCUCUGUCCACGUAGGCCAGGCUGGUGUCCAGAUGGGGAAUGCCUGCUGGGAGCUCUACUGUCUGGAACACGGCAUCCAGCCUGACGGCCUCAUGCCCGACACACAGAAUCAAUUAACCGACGAGUCCUUUGUCACUUUCUUCAGCAAGACUGGGACAGGGAAAUAUGUCCCCAGAGCAAUCUUAGUUGACCUGGAGCCCACUGUCAUUGAUGAGGUGCGCACAGGAACGUACCGUCAGCUAUUUCACCCUGAACAGCUGAUCUCGGGAAAAGAAGAUGCAGCUAACAACUAUGCCCGUGGACACUACACCAUCGGCAAAGAGAUCAUUGACUUUGUCCUAGACAGAAUCCGCAAACUGGCUGAUCAGUGCACUGGUCUCCAGGGUUUUCUGGUCUUCCACUCCUUCGGUGGAGGCACUGGCUCAGGCUUCACCUCCUUACUGAUGGAGAGACUUUCUGUUGACUUUGGCAAAAAGUCAAAGCUUGAAUUUGCCGUCUACCCAGCCCCCCAGGUUUCUACCGCAGUAGUUGAGCCUUAUAACUCCAUCCUGACCACCCACACCACCCUGGAGCACUCCGACUGCGCCUUCAUGGUGGACAACGAGGCCAUCUACGAUAUCUGCCGCAGGAACCUUGAUAUUGAACGCCCUUCAUACACCAACCUGAACAGGCUCAUCAGCCAGAUUGUGUCUUCAAUCACAGCCUCCCUACGCUUCGAUGGAGCCCUGAAUGUUGACCUGACCGAGUUCCAGACCAACUUGGUGCCCUACCCUCGUAUCCACUUCCCUCUGGCCACCUAUGCUCCGGUCAUCUCUGCUGAGAAAGCCUACCAUGAGCAGCUGUCUGUUGCUGAGAUCACAAACGCCUGCUUUGAGCCAGCCAACCAGAUGGUGAAGUGUGAUCCUCGUCAUGGUAAAUACAUGGCCUGCUGUCUGCUGUAUCGUGGUGAUGUGGUGCCCAAAGAUGUCAACUCUGCCAUUGCAUCUAUCAAGACCAAACGCACCAUCCAGUUUGUGGACUGGUGCCCUACUGGCUUCAAGGUGGGCAUCAACUACCAGCCUCCAACAGUGGUUCCCGGAGGAGACCUGGCCAAGGUACAGAGGGCCGUGUGCAUGCUGAGCAACACCACCGCCAUCGCUGAGGCCUGGGCCCGUCUUGACCACAAGUUUGACCUCAUGUAUGCCAAGAGAGCCUUUGUCCACUGGUAUGUUGGAGAGGGCAUGGAGGAGGGAGAGUUCUCAGAGGCCAGAGAAGACAUGGCUGCCCUGGAGAAGGAUUAUGAAGAGGUUGGGAUUGAUUCCUUUGACUCAGAUGAGGAAGGAGAGGAAUACUAGACAGGCUUAGGUGGCAUCAGUAAUUUUCAGGGAUAAAACUGGUCUAUUUUUUAAUAGACAAUAUCGCUUUGUUUCAAAUUUAAAAAUAUUAGUUUAUUUUUACCCUUUUAAAUAAAAAAUGUACCUACCUGCACAGGUUCUUUGUUGAGCCAUAAGAAUUAUUAGAUGCUACAGCUUUUGUGUUGGUUUGUAUCUGUUUAUUAAUUUGUUUUAUCGAAAAGAGAGAGCGCAGCAGUAACCUAAUUUUUAUAAGUUUGAAACCUGUGUUGUUGCUCAAUAAAUAUUUCCCCUAAAUA